AUGGAUGUUUAUUUCAGACUACGUUCUUAUAUUUAUGAACGAAAGAAGAAUAGACGAUCAGUAAUGCUGCUCUCUGCAUUUCGUGUUACGUCUCGUGGUUUAAAAACUCAAAAACAUGGCAUUAAAUUAUGUCGAACGUUUGCAACACACGCCAAACGAAGUCCACAAGAAGAAGAGGAUAUUGUGAAAGAGAAUUGGAAACGGCGAGUAGAAUUAGCAACGGCUUAUCGUGCAUUUGAAAAAUAUAACAUGCACGAAGGAGUGUGCAAUCAUCUGACCGCCAAAGCUCCCUCUCUCCACCAGAGUGAUCCGAUUAUAUUAAUUAUUCCUUAUGGUUUGUAUUGGGCGGAUGUAACGCCUGAAUGUUUAGUAGGUAUAAAUAUAGACACAUCUGAGUUGGUAGAAGGAGUCGAAUUACCUGAUAUCACAGCACAUAGUAUACACAGAGGGAUUUAUCGUCACCGCCCAGAUGUAAACAGCGUGAUGCACACUCAUGCUAGAUACGCCACCGCCCUCUCCACACUUCAGGAUCCUGAAAUCAAAAUGGUGCAUCAGAACAGUGCAAGGUUUGUCAAGAACGUCGCAUACGAUGUUGAAUAUGAUGGUAUAGCGUUUGAUGGCGCUAAUGACGUUAGUCCCUUGAUUUGUUUUUAUUUCUAUUUCUUCUAUGUUUUAACGAAGGUUUUGACAGAGUUAUAA